CCUGGAAACCAAAGCCUCGCGACGGCCCGAGCAAAGAAGCGAGGCACGUCGGGAUUUGUAGUCCCACGCGGCUCCGUUCCCCUUUAACUUUUGCGCGAGGGUUAAACGGACGGCGAAGGGCGCUGUUCCCAGCGUGCAGCGCGGGCGCGCGGAGCAUGGCGGGAUUUGUAGUGCCGAGUUUCUGUCAGGGCUUCGUCUCUGGGGAGGUCGUGUCGUGAGGGGAGGCUGUUUCUCGUCUCUUAAUGCCACGGCCGCGUCCACCCUGAGUGGACUCACUGGAAUGCGUGCGGCUUACUCGCGAGUAGGCAUGCAUAGGAGAGUAUUUCACAAGGUAGCUGCCACCACAGAAAAGGCUCUCCUGGUUUCCAUAGUUUGGGGCACAAUCAGAAAAGUGCCGGCUGAAGAUAUUGGUGAACGGUGGCAGGUCUAUAUUAAAGAAGGCGUUCUCUCAGAGGACACAAGUAUUCAUCAAGCUGUGACCUGUAAGAGUGAAGAUCCUAUAUUAUAUGGAUUCUAUAACAGAGCAUAAUUUUUAUUUAGAUAAAGUAUGGGUGCAGUGUGAGAACAGCAGCUGUUUAAAAUGGAGACUCUUAUCACAUGAUGAUGCAACGCAUAUUGCUCCUAAUGAACCUUGGUAUUGUUAUAUGAAUCCUGAUCCUUGGUUUAACAGCUGUUCUGUUUCUGAAGAACAUUUUCCAGAGGAGUCUCAGUUUCAAAAACAUGGAUUAAAAUAUGUGUAUUCAAAGCUUCCUCUAGGAAGCUUAGUUUUGGUGAAAAUGUACCGGUGGCCAAGAUGGCCUGCCAUUCUUUGUCCUGAUCCUACAAAUGGACAGUAUGUAACAUACGACUCGGAUGGAGAUGUUGAAAGUCAUCAUGUAGAAUUCUUGGGAAAACCCCAUUCUAGGAGCUGGGCUGCUAUAAAAUAUAUUAGCGUUUAUCCUAGCUCAUUUAAGGCAAAUGUAUACAAGAAGGCGAAAGUCUGGUACGAAAGUGCAUUAGAAGAAGCAAACAAAUUGCUGGCCUGUUCUGCUCAGCAAAGGCUUGAAAUGUGCUACCUCUCAAAAAAGGAUGCAGUAAAGAAUAAAGAAGCCGAAACCAAAUCUAACAUGAUCACUUGCAGAAAAAAUACAAGAACCUGGACAAAAACUUGUGGAAGGGAAAGUAGCUCCACAAUUGGAAGAAAGAAAAGGAAAAUAACAUUAAGAAGUUCAUUUGAAAUAGUGGGCUCAGAAGAUGUAUUGUCAGAUGAAAAUCUAGGUGUUUCUGAGACAGAAAUGAUACUAAAAGAAUUGGACCACAUUCUCAAGCAUGUUGCAGCCCCCUCCUACUCAUCUUUGGCAUCAUUUGUGGAUGGAGAGAACAAUAAUGGGAGAGAAGAGGUAGCUAACUUCUGCCUGGAGUAUACUGAAAAAAGGCCAAUGGAAAUCAACGCCCAAGAGGACUGUAUUAUAAUUGAUGGAAAAGCUUUCAAGGCUGGAGAGUGCAUUGAGAGUAUAACAGACAGGUUUAAGGAAAUAGAGUCUUUAAUGGCUGAAUUCCAAGACAGCUUGUAGCGCUGAUAAGAGAGAACCUAUUAUACUAUUUACAGCUUUAGAGUGCAUUCUUUUUCACAUAUAGAGGGAGAUCCUUAACAGCAGUUCAACAAUAUAGUUACUGUGAAGUUUAACAAUUUUUUUUGGCCUGCUCAUUGAUAAAAUUGAUAUCAAACUUAGUCCGUGUUCAGAUUAAAAACUGGAAUCCAAUAGCACAGUCAUGCACGUUUAGAUGUCUUCCCCUGACAAUUAUUUUCUCUCUCUGGCUUUAAGCAAAUUGUAGAUUUCUAUAAAUCAGAAUGAAAUAAAGAGCUAUUUACUUGAAUGUAGAGAGAUUCUAAGCAUUGUAUUUCUCAGGCUUUCAAAAAAAUAAGAGUUGUUUGCAACUCUUCAGGAAGUCAUAUAAAAAUAUCUUAUAGGAAUUUUUAGCUGGAAAUUUCAGUUUUACAUCCUCAGCCAUAUGGCUUUUCUAGUAUGAACCACUGAUGCCUCCUUUAUUCCAUAUAUAUAAUUACAAUUGGGUUGUUCUCAGUGGGAUUCAUCUGUAGACAACACAGAGGCUGAAUAUUUUGUUUAAAGAUGUGUCCUUUCAUAAAUGGUAGUCAUGCUUUCCAUUUUGGAUAGAUGCUAAAAGUUGCGUAGGAAUAAUUGUGACAAAUUCAUACUGUUGUCUGUAGUAUUAUAAGUAGGAACCAUAGGUCAAUUCACAGUAUCUUUUUUAUGUGUCGAUCUGCAACUCCAUGUAUCACUUGACUCAGCUAAAAAGAUUCAGAAAUAGGUUAAGCCAAGAUGAAGGGAAUUGUGAUGUAAUGACAUAUAACAGUACCCACAGGAUCAGUUCAUUAUGUGAGAUAUAAAUUCGUGAAGACUAGACCACACAAAAUACGGUCACAUGAGCUAUCUUACAUGUCAGUCAUUGGGCCUCCCCAGACUGGUGUUUUACUGUGGUUGCAUUCUGCAAUAUAUUCUUGGCACAAUAAUUGUGCAUUAAUGGUGGAUUUCUUCUGCUUUAGUUUAUUCUGUGAUGCUUCCCCAAUGCUACCACUUUGUUCCUGUCUGGGGCUGGGGCCACCUUGCAACAAUAUAUAAAAUGUUACAGGAUUUCAGCAGGAAUUUAUGUGAUAUACACUAAUUUGAAAUAAAACUGUGUGACCAUCCCCAAACCUUUGCAGGCACAAACAGUAUUAAAAGCAGGAUCAUGUGUAACCAUCCUGGUAGCAUUAUAAGCACAAAUCAUCAAUGUGCAAUAAAAAGGAUGUCUGAAGGAGCCCACUUUUGGAUGAAGAAAAAAACAACAAUAUUUUAAAGCUCCUACCUUCCCACCCCACCAAAAAAAAAAACCCUGCCAGAUCCUAUAAGUUGUGAAUAGGUCUACAUCUCACGAAAAUAAGCAGAUAAAUAGUACAAAUGGUCUUUACAGGAUUAAUGACUUGCCACAGAUAUUUAUAGAAAAUAUUAUAGCAUAGAGACAAGUGGGUGAGGAAGCAGUUGACCAAAGGAAGCAGUGUAUCAUACCAAAUGAAUUUGGUAGUAUCGCGAUGAGCCUAACAAAAGCAGCCAGGAGCCAGGAAUCUGCCAGAAUGCAAAAGAAGAGCUGGACCACUGUUAACAUCAGGAUCUGGGAGGCAAAAUUUUGCAGGAUCUGGACUGAGAGAGCCAGAGUUGGAAGAUAGGUAAGCAAGACCGGGGAAUAAUUUGAGUCAAAUAACAGGCUAAUA